CCUGCCCUGCCCUGCCCUCCGCAGCUCUCGGCUCUGCGGCUCCUCGGGGCUCGUGAUUUCUGGAGUGCCCGGAGCUGCUGUCCCUGGGGUUCAUGGCGUACACGGUGCCCCCCGUGCCAGCGGGGCCCGUGGGCUCCCAGUGCUGUGUCUGCAGGGUCGAGUUGUCUGUCUGUGGCCAGAACCUUCUGGACAGGGAUGUCACUUCCAAAUCCGACCCCUUCUGCGUCCUCUUCAUGGAAGUCAACGGGAAGUGGGUGGAGCUCGACAGGACAGAGACAGCUGUGAACAACCUCAACCCAGCUUUUGCCAAGAAGUUCAUUGUUGACUACCACUUUGAAGAAGUGCAGAAGCUCAAGUUUGCCCUGUUUGACCAGGACAAGUCGAGCAUGCAGCUGUAUGAGCAUGACUUCCUGGGUGAAUUCUCCUGCACCCUGGGCAUGAUUGUCUCCAGCAAGAAAAUCACAAGGACCCUCCUCCUGGGGAACGGGAAGCCAGCUGGGAAAGGGAUGAUAACGAUAGCUGCCCAGGAGCUCUCAGAUAACAGGGUGAUUACUCUGAGCAUGGCUGGCAGGAAACUGGACAAAAAGGACUUGUUUGGAAAGUCAGACCCCUUCUUGGAGUUUUACAAACCAGGUGACGAUGGGAAGUGGAUGCUGGUCCAUAGAACAGAGGUGAUCAAGUACACCCUGGACCCUGUCUGGAAGCCCUUCACUGUGCCUUUAGUGUCACUGUGUGAUGGAGAUGUGGAGAAGCCAGUCAAGGUGGUGUGUUAUGACUAUGACAGUGAUGGAGGACACGACUUCAUUGGGGAGUUCCAGAGCUCGGUGGCCAGGAUGUGUGAAGCUCAAGAUGCCCUUCCACUGGAGCUGGAGUGCAUCAACCCCAAGAAGCAGAAGAAGAAAAAGAAUUACAAGAACUCUGGGAUCAUCAUCGUCAAGUCCUGCAAAAUAACCAGAGAUUACUCCUUCCUGGACUACAUUCUGGGAGGCUGCCAGCUGAUGUUCACUGUUGGGAUUGACUUCACAGCCUCCAAUGGAAACCCACGAGACCCCUCCUCCUUGCACUACAUCAACCCCAUGGGGACAAACGAGUACUUGUCAGCUCUCUGGUCUGUUGGCCAGAUCAUCCAGGACUACGACUCAGACAAGAUGUUUCCUGCUCUGGGAUUCGGCGCCCAGCUCCCACCAGACUGGAAGGUGUCCCACGAGUUUGCCAUUAACUUCAACCCCACAAACCCAUUCUGUUCAGGUGUGGAGGGCAUUGUCCAGGCGUACUCAGCCUGCCUGCCCCACAUCCGCUUCUACGGACCCACCAACUUCUCCCCCAUCGUCAACCACGUGGCUCGCUUCGCAGCCCAGGCCACCCAGCAGCAGGCUGCCUCUCAAUACUUCAUCCUCCUCAUCAUCACGGACGGGGUGAUCAGCGACAUGGACGAGACGCGGCACGCGGUGGUGCAGGCCUCCAGGCUGCCCAUGUCCAUCAUCAUCGUGGGGGUGGGCAACGCCGACUUCGCCGCCAUGGAGUUCCUGGACGGGGACAGCCGGGUGCUGCGCUCCCACACCGGCGAGGAGGCCCUGAGGGACAUCGUCCAGUUCGUGCCCUUCCGGGACUUCCGCAACGCCCCCAAGGAGACUCUGGCCAAGGCGGUGCUGGCGGAGCUGCCCCAGCAGGUCGUGCAGUACUUCAAGCAGCAGAACCUGCCGCCCAUCAACUCGGAGCCGGCCUAGAGCCAGACCCCCUGCAUGUCCCCACGGCCCGGUGGUCCUGCCGACAGCGCACGAGCCACGUGCUUCGGAGGGAGGAACACCCUCCCCAGGAACACUUUGUACUUCUUAAUUUAAUUGCUAAAUUCUUUCAAGUUGCCCCAGAGAAGCGUCUGGAUCCGUUUUGUACAGCCCCGGCGCCCGGGGACACUGGGCAGCCAGGCCAGGCCCUGGCCCCGCUCAGUUCAGUCACUUCUCAGUAUUGAAUGUACUUUGUAUCAUUUCAGUGGAACGGGACGCAAUUUUUACAAUCAAAACUUGCUUUUUCCAAACAAUGAAAUGCUUAAUAUAUUCUUCUCGUCCAAUGAACUGGUCAUUGUAUAGUUCAUGUAUUUGUGCUGUGCCUGUACCUCUGUCAGCCCCCCAUGUUCAUUUUUAUACUGUGUACAUGUUAUAUUUGUUAUACUCAGGUUAAUAAAGAAACUUGGACAUUUAAA